CAAUAAGGUGCAGCCAUGACAUCUCCGGAUGCUGAGAUGGCCGCCUUUGGGGAGGCGGCUCCUUACCUCCGAAAAUCAGAAAAGGAAAGAAUUGAGGCCCAGAACAGGCCUUUUGAUGCCAAAACAUCAGUCUUUGUGGUGCAUCCUAAGGAAUCCUUUGUGAAAGGGACAGUCCAGAGCAAAGAAUCAGGAAAGGUCACUGUCAAGUCCGAAGGUGGAGAGACCCUGACUGUGAAGGAAGACCAAAUCUUUCCCAUGAACCCUCCGAAGUAUGAUAAAAUUGAGGACAUGGCCAUGAUGACCCACCUCCAUGAACCCGCUGUGCUGUACAACCUCAAAGAGCGUUACGCAGCCUGGAUGAUCUACACCUACUCGGGUCUCUUCUGUGUCACCGUCAACCCCUACAAGUGGCUGCCGGUGUACAACCCGGAGGUGGUGUUGGCCUACCGAGGCAAGAAGCGCCAGGAGGCCCCUCCACACAUCUUCUCCAUCUCUGACAACGCCUAUCAGUUCAUGCUGACUGAUCGUGAGAACCAGUCGAUCCUGAUCACCGGAGAAUCCGGAGCAGGGAAGACUGUGAACACGAAGCGUGUCAUCCAGUACUUUGCAACAAUUGCAGCGAGCGGGGAGAAGAAGAAAGAAGAUCAGCCAGGCAAAAUGCAGGGAACGCUUGAGGAUCAAAUCAUCAGCGCCAACCCACUGCUGGAGGCCUUUGGAAAUGCCAAGACCGUGAGGAAUGACAACUCCUCACGCUUUGGCAAGUUCAUCAGAAUCCACUUUGGGGCCACAGGCAAACUGGCUUCUGCUGACAUUGAAACUUAUCUGCUGGAGAAGUCCAGAGUCACUUUCCAGCUCCAGGCAGAAAGAAGCUACCACAUAUUCUAUCAGAUCAUGUCCAACAAGAAGCCAGAGCUCAUUGACAUGCUCCUCAUUACCACCAACCCUUAUGAUUUCCACUUCGUGAGUCAAGGUGAGGUCACUGUUCCCAGUAUUGAUGACCAGGAGGAGCUUAUGGCUACAGAUAGUGCCAUUGACAUCCUGGGCUUCAGUGCUGAUGAGAAGACAGCCAUCUACAAACUGACAGGAGCUGUCAUGCACUAUGGCAACCUGAAGUUUAAGCAGAAACAACGAGAGGAGCAGGCAGAGCCUGAUGGCACUGAAGUGGCUGACAAGGCUGCCUACCUUAUGGGCCUUAACUCAGCUGAUCUGCUCAAAGCCCUGUGUUACCCCAGAGUCAAGGUCGGGAACGAAUACGUGACCAAAGGUCAAACUGUUGAGCAGGUGAACAAUGCAGUUGGUGCCCUGGCAAAAGCUGUCUAUGAGAAGAUGUUCUUGUGGAUGGUUGUUCGCAUCAACCAACAGCUGGAUACCAAGCAGCCCAGACAGUACUUCAUUGGUGUCCUGGACAUUGCUGGCUUUGAAAUCUUUGAUUUCAACAGCUUUGAGCAGCUGUGCAUCAACUUCACCAAUGAGAAACUGCAACAGUUCUUCAACCACCACAUGUUUGUGCUGGAGCAAGAGGAGUACAAGAAGGAAGGAAUUGAAUGGGAGUUCAUUGACUUUGGGAUGGACCUGGCUGCUUGCAUUGAGCUCAUUGAGAAGCCCAUGGGCAUCUUCUCCAUCCUGGAAGAGGAGUGCAUGUUCCCCAAGGCAACUGACACCUCUUUCAAGAACAAGCUCUAUGACCAGCACCUGGGCAAGUCCAACAACUUCCAGAAGCCAAAGCCUGCCAAAGGCAAGGCUGAGGCCCAUUUCUCACUGGUACACUAUGCUGGCACGGUGGACUACAACAUCAGUGGCUGGCUUGAGAAGAACAAAGACCCUCUGAAUGAAACUGUCAUCGGGUUGUACCAGAAAUCAUCUGUGAAGACACUGGCCUUACUCUUUGCCAGCUAUGGUGGAGCAGAUGCAGAUGCUGGUGGUGGUGGCAAGAAGGGUGGCAAGAAGAAGGGCUCUUCUUUCCAGACUGUCUCAGCUCUUUUCCGGGAGAAUUUAAACAAGCUGAUGACAAAUCUACGGAGCACUCACCCCCAUUUUGUACGAUGCAUCAUCCCAAAUGAAACAAAAACACCUGGUGCCAUGGAACAUGAGCUGGUGCUGCAUCAGCUGCGCUGUAACGGUGUGCUGGAAGGCAUCAGGAUUUGCAGGAAAGGAUUUCCCAGCAGAGUCCUGUAUGCUGACUUCAAACAAAGAUACAGAGUGCUUAAUGCAAGUGCUAUUCCAGAUGGUCAGUUCAUGGACAGCAAGAAGGCUUCAGAGAAGCUUCUUGGUUCCAUUGAUGUGGACCACACCCAGUACAGAUUUGGUCACACCAAGGUGUUCUUCAAAGCUGGGCUGAUAGGUCUGCUUGAGGAAAUGAGAGAUGAGAAACUAGCAGAAAUUAUGACCAUGACACAGGCCAGGUGCAGGGGCUUCCUCAUGAGGGUGGAGUACCGGAAAAUGGUGGAGAGGAGGGACUCAAUCUUCUGUAUCCAGUACAACGUUCGUGCAUUCAUGAAUGUGAAGCACUGGCCAUGGAUGAAGCUAUUCUUUAAGAUCAAGCCCUUGCUGAAGAGUGCAGAAUCUGAGAAAGAGAUGGCCAACAUGAAACAAGAGUUUGAGAAAACCAAGGAAGAACUUGCAAAGUCUGAGGCAAAGAGGAAGGAGCUGGAAGAAAAAAUGGUGGCCCUGCUGCAGGAGAAAAAUGACCUGCAGCUCCAAGUACAGGCGGAAGCAGACAGUUUGGCUGAUGCUGAGGAGAGAUGUGACCAGCUCAUCAAAACCAAAAUCCAGCUGGAAGCCAAAAUUAAGGAGGUGACUGAAAGGGCAGAGGAUGAGGAGGAACUGAAUGCGGAGCUGACAGCCAAGAAGAGGAAACUGGAGGAUGAAUGUUCAGAGCUGAAGAAAGAUAUUGAUGACCUUGAGUUAACGUUGGCCAAAGUGGAGAAGGAAAAGCAUGCCACUGAAAACAAGGUGAAAAACCUCACAGAGGAGAUGGCAGCCCUGGAUGAGACUAUUGCCAAGCUGACAAAAGAGAAGAAAGCCCUCCAAGAGGCCCAUCAGCAGACACUGGAUGACCUGCAGGCAGAAGAGGACAAAGUCAAUACACUCACCAAAGCUAAAACCAAGCUGGAGCAGCAAGUGGACGAUCUUGAAGGGUCCCUGGAGCAAGAGAAGAAACUGCGCAUGGACCUUGAAAGAGCCAAGAGGAAACUCGAAGGCGACCUGAAGCUGGCCCAGGACAGCAUCAUGGAUUUGGAAAACGAUAAGCAGCAGCUGGAUGAGAAACUCAAGAAGAAAGACUUUGAAAUCAGCCAGAUCCAGAGCAAAAUUGAGGAUGAACAAGCCCUGGGUAUGCAAUUACAGAAGAAGAUCAAGGAGCUGCAGGCUCGUAUUGAGGAACUGGAGGAGGAAAUUGAGGCAGAGCGAACCUCUCGGGCAAAAGCAGAGAAGCAUCGGUCUGACCUCUCGAGGGAGCUGGAGGAGAUCAGCGAGCGCCUGGAAGAAGCAGGAGGGGCUACAGCAGCUCAGAUCGAGAUGAACAAGAAGCGUGAGGCCGAGUUCCAGAAGAUGCGUCGUGACCUCGAAGAGGCCACGCUACAGCACGAAGCCACGGCUGCUGCCCUGCGCAAGAAGCACGCGGACAGCACCGCUGAGCUUGGGGAGCAGAUCGACAACCUGCAGCGAGUGAAGCAGAAGCUGGAGAAGGAGAAGAGCGAGCUGAAGAUGGAGAUUGAUGACCUGGCCAGUAACAUGGAGUCUGUCUCCAAAGCCAAGGCAAAUCUGGAGAAGAUGUGCCGCACCCUGGAAGACCAGCUGAGCGAGCUUAAAACUAAGGAGGAGCAGAACCAGCGCAUGAUCAAUGACCUCAAUACUCAAAGAGCUCGGCUGCAGACAGAAUCAGGUGAAUAUUCACGCCAAGUGGAGGAAAAAGAUUCCCUGAUUUCUCAGUUGUCCAGGGGCAAACAAGGAUUUACCCAACAGAUUGAGGAACUCAAGAGGCAUCUAGAGGAAGAAAUUAAGGCCAAGAACGCACUGGCCCAUGCCUUGCAGUCUGCUCGACACGACUGUGACUUGCUCCGCGAACAGUAUGAGGAGGAGCAGGAAGCCAAGGGGGAGCUGCAGCGUGCCCUGUCCAAGGCCAACAGCGAAGUGGCCCAGUGGAGAACCAAAUACGAGACGGACGCUAUUCAGCGCACGGAGGAGCUGGAGGAGGCCAAGAAGAAGCUGGCACAGCGCCUGCAGGAUGCAGAGGAACAUGUUGAAGCUGUCAAUGCCAAAUGUGCCUCCCUAGAAAAGACAAAGCAGAGGCUGCAGAAUGAAGUGGAGGACCUGAUGAUUGAUGUGGAGAGAUCAAAUGCUGCCUGUGCCGCUCUGGAUAAGAAGCAGAAGAACUUUGACAAGAUCCUGGCAGAAUGGAAGCAGAAGUAUGAGGAAACACAGGCUGAGCUGGAAGCCUCCCAGAAGGAGGCCCGCUCUCUCAGCACGGAGCUGUUUAAGAUGAAGAAUGCCUAUGAGGAGUCCUUGGACCACCUGGAAACGCUGAAGCGCGAGAACAAGAACUUGCAGCAGGAGAUUUCUGACCUCACGGAGCAGAUUGCUGAGGGAGGGAAAGCAAUUCAUGAGCUGGAGAAAGUCAAGAAGCAGAUUGAGCAGGAGAAAUCUGAGCUCCAAGCCUCACUGGAGGAAGCUGAGGCCUCCCUAGAACAUGAAGAGGGGAAGAUCCUGCGUCUCCAGCUUGAGCUCAACCAGGUCAAGUCUGAGAUUGACAGGAAGGUAGCAGAGAAAGAUGAGGAAAUUGACCAGCUGAAGAGAAACCACCUCAGAAUUGUGGAGUCCAUGCAGAGCACCCUGGAUGCUGAGAUCAGGAGCAGGAACGAAGCCUUGCGUCUGAAGAAGAAAAUGGAGGGAGACCUGAAUGAAAUGGAGAUCCAGCUCAGCCAUGCCAACCGAGUGGCUGCUGAGGCACAGAAGAACCUGAGAAACACUCAGGGAGUGCUCAAGGAUACUCAAAUACACUUGGAUGAUGCUCUGAGGACACAGGAGGACCUGAAGGAGCAGGUGGCCAUGGUGGAGCGCAGAGCAAACUUGUUGCAGGCUGAAGUUGAGGAGCUACGGGCAGCCCUGGAGCAGACGGAGCGGUCCAGGAAAUUGGCUGAGCAGGAGCUUCUGGAUGCCACUGAACGUGUGCAGCUCCUCCAUACCCAGAACACCAGCUUGAUCAACACCAAGAAGAAGCUAGAAACAGACAUUGUGCAAAUUCAGGGUGAGAUGGAAGAUACCAUCCAGGAAGCCCGCAAUGCUGAAGAGAAGGCCAAGAAGGCCAUCACAGAUGCGGCCAUGAUGGCAGAAGAGCUGAAGAAGGAGCAGGACACCAGCGCCCACCUGGAGAGGAUGAAGAAGAACCUGGACCAGACGGUGAAGGACCUGCAGCUCCGUCUGGAUGAGGCUGAGCAGUUGGCACUGAAGGGAGGCAAGAAGCAAAUCCAGAAGCUGGAGGCCAGAGUGCGGGAGCUGGAAGGGGAGGUUGAUGCUGAGCAGAAGCGCAGCGCUGAAGCCGUGAAGGGUGUGCGCAAGUAUGAGAGGAGGGUGAAGGAGCUGACCUACCAGACUGAGGAAGACCGGAAGAAUAUUCUGAGGCUGCAGGAUCUGGUGGACAAGCUGCAAAUGAAAGUGAAAUCCUACAAGAGACAAGCAGAGGAGUCUGAGGAGCUGUCCAAUGUCAACCUCUCCAAGUUCCGCAAGAUCCAGCACGAGCUGGAGGAAGCUGAGGAGCGGGCUGACAUUGCAGAGUCCCAGGUCAACAAGCUCCGAGCCAAGAGCCGGGAGUUUCAUGGCAAGAAGAUAGAAGAGGAAGAUGCAGCCAUGUCGUCUCCGGACGCUGAGAUGGCCGCCUUUGGGGAGGCGGCUCCUUACCUCCGAAAAUCAGAAAAGGAGAGAAUUGAGGCCCAGAACAGGCCUUUUGAUGCCAAAUCAUCGGUCUUUGUGGUGCAUCCUAAGGAAUCCUUUGUGAAAGGGACAGUCCAGAGCAAAGAAUCAGGGAAAGUCACUGUCAAGACUGAAGGCGGAGAGACCCUGACCGUGAAGGAAGACCAAGUCUUUCCCAUGAACCCUCCCAAGUACGAUAAAAUCGAGGACAUGGCCAUGAUGACCCACCUCCAUGAACCCGCUGUGCUGUACAACCUCAAAGAGCGUUACGCAGCCUGGAUGAUCUACACCUACUCGGGUCUCUUCUGUGUCACCGUCAACCCCUACAAGUGGCUGCCGGUGUACAACCCCGAGGUGGUGUUGGCCUACCGAGGCAAGAAGCGCCAGGAGGCCCCUCCACACAUCUUCUCCAUCUCUGACAACGCCUAUCAGUUCAUGCUGACUGAUCGUGAGAACCAGUCAAUCCUGAUCACCGGAGAAUCCGGAGCAGGGAAGACUGUGAACACGAAGCGUGUCAUCCAGUACUUUGCAACAAUUGCAGCGAGCGGGGAGAAGAAGAAAGAAGAUCAGCCAUCAGAAACAAUUAUCAUCCUGCAGGGAACGCUUGAGGAUCAAAUCAUCAGCGCCAACCCACUGCUGGAGGCCUUUGGAAAUGCCAAGACCGUGAGGAAUGACAACUCCUCACGCUUUGGCAAGUUCAUCAGAAUCCACUUUGGGGCCACAGGCAAACUGGCUUCUGCUGACAUUGAAACUUAUCUGCUGGAGAAGUCCAGAGUCACUUUCCAGCUCAAGGCAGAAAGAAGCUACCACAUAUUCUAUCAGAUCAUGUCCAACAAGAAGCCAGAGCUCAUUGACAUGCUCCUCAUUACCACCAACCCUUAUGACUUUCACUACGUGAGUCAAGGUGAGGUCACUGUUCCCAGUAUUGAUGACCAGGAAGAGCUUAUGGCUACAGACAGUGCCAUUGACAUCCUGGGCUUCAGUGCUGAUGAGAAGACAGCCAUCUACAAACUGACGGGAGCUGUCAUGCACUAUGGCAACCUGAAAUUCAAGCAGAAACAACGAGAGGAGCAGGCAGAGCCUGAUGGCACUGAAGUGGCUGACAAGGCUGCCUACCUUAUGGGACUUAAUUCAGCUGAGUUGCUCAAAGCCCUGUGUUACCCCAGAGUCAAGGUCGGGAACGAAUACGUGACCAAAGGUCAAACUGUUGAGCAGGUGAACAAUGCAGUUGGUGCCCUGGCAAAAGCUGUCUUUGAGAAGAUGUUCUUGUGGAUGGUUGUUCGCAUCAACCAACAGCUGGAUACCAAGCAGCCCAGACAGUACUUCAUUGGUGUCCUGGACAUUGCCGGCUUUGAAAUCUUUGAUUUCAACAGCUUUGAGCAGCUGUGCAUCAACUUCACCAAUGAGAAACUGCAACAGUUCUUCAACCACCACAUGUUUGUGCUGGAGCAAGAGGAGUACAAGAAGGAAGGAAUUGAAUGGGAGUUCAUUGACUUUGGGAUGGACCUGGCUGCCUGCAUUGAGCUCAUUGAGAAGCCCAUGGGCAUCUUCUCCAUCCUGGAAGAGGAGUGCAUGUUCCCCAAGGCAACUGACACCUCUUUCAAGAACAAGCUCUAUGACCAGCACCUGGGCAAGUCCAACAACUUCCAGAAGCCAAAGCCUGCCAAAGGCAAGGCUGAGGCCCAUUUCUCACUGGUGCACUAUGCUGGCACAGUGGACUACAACAUCAGUGGCUGGCUUGAGAAGAACAAAGACCCUCUGAAUGAAACUGUCAUCGGGUUGUACCAGAAGUCAUCCCUGAAGACACUGGCCUUACUCUUUGCCAGCUAUGGUGGAGCAGAUGCAGAUGCUGGUGGUGGUGGCAAGAAGGGUGGCAAGAAGAAGGGCUCUUCUUUCCAGACUGUCUCAGCUCUUUUCCGGGAGAACUUAAACAAGCUGAUGGCUAACCUGAGAAGCACUCACCCCCAUUUUGUACGAUGCAUCAUCCCAAAUGAAACAAAAACACCUGGUGCCAUGGAACAUGAACUGGUGUUGCAUCAGCUGCGCUGUAACGGUGUGCUGGAAGGCAUCAGGAUUUGCAGGAAAGGAUUUCCCAGCAGAGUCCUGUAUGCUGACUUCAAACAAAGAUACAGAGUGCUCAAUGCCAGUGCUAUUCCAGAUGGACAGUUCAUGGACAGCAAGAAGGCUUCAGAGAAGCUCCUUGGUUCCAUUGAUGUGGACCACACCCAGUACAGAUUUGGUCACACCAAGGUGUUCUUCAAAGCUGGGUUGCUGGGACUCCUGGAGGAGAUGAGAGAUGACAAGCUGGCAGAAAUUAUGACCAUGACACAAGCCAGGUGCAGGGGCUUCCUCAUGAGGGUGGAGUACCGGAAAAUGGUGGAGAGGAGGGAAUCCAUCUUCUGCAUUCAGUACAAUGUCAGGUCAUUCAUGAAUGUGAAGCACUGGCCUUGGAUGAAGCUGUUCUUUAAGAUCAAGCCCUUGCUAAAGAGUGCAGAAUCUGAGAAAGAGAUGGCCAACAUGAAACAAGAGUUUGAGAAAACGAAGGAGGAACUUGAAAAGUCUGAGGCAAAGAGGAAGGAGCUGGAAGAAAAAAUGGUGGCCCUGCUGCAGGAGAAAAAUGACCUGCAGCUCCAAGUACAGGCAGAAGCAGACAGUUUGGCUGAUGCUGAGGAGAGAUGUGACCAGCUCAUCAAAACCAAAAUCCAGCUGGAAGCCAAAAUUAAGGAGGUGACUGAAAGGGCUGAGGAUGAGGAGGAACUGAAUGCGGAGCUGACAGCCAAGAAGAGAAAACUGGAGGAUGAAUGUUCAGAGCUGAAGAAAGAUAUUGAUGACCUUGAGUUAACAUUGGCCAAAGUGGAGAAGGAAAAGCAUGCCACUGAAAACAAGGUGAAAAACCUCACAGAGGAGAUGGCAGCCCUGGAUGAGACUAUUGCCAAGCUGACAAAAGAGAAGAAAGCCCUCCAAGAGGCCCAUCAGCAGACACUGGAUGACUUGCAAGUAGAGGAAGACAAAGUCAAUACUCUGACCAAGGCUAAGACCAAGCUGGAGCAACAAGUGGAUGAUCUUGAAGGGUCCCUGGAGCAAGAGAAGAAACUGCGCAUGGACCUUGAAAGAGCCAAGAGGAAACUCGAAGGGGACCUGAAGCUGGCCCAGGACAGCAUCAUGGAUUUGGAAAACGAUAAGCAGCAGCUGGAUGAGAAACUCAAGAAGAAAGACUUUGAAAUCAGCCAGAUCCAGAGCAAAAUUGAGGAUGAACAAGCCCUGGGUAUGCAAUUACAGAAGAAGAUCAAGGAGCUGCAGGCUCGUAUUGAGGAACUGGAGGAGGAAAUUGAGGCAGAGCGAACCUCUCGGGCAAAAGCAGAGAAGCAUCGGUCUGACCUCUCGAGGGAGCUGGAGGAGAUCAGCGAGCGCCUGGAAGAAGCAGGAGGGGCUACAGCAGCUCAGAUCGAGAUGAACAAGAAGCGUGAGGCCGAGUUCCAGAAGAUGCGUCGUGACCUCGAAGAGGCCACGCUGCAGCACGAAGCCACGGCUGCUGCCCUGCGCAAGAAGCACGCGGACAGCACCGCUGAGCUUGGGGAGCAGAUCGACAACCUGCAGCGAGUGAAGCAGAAGCUGGAGAAGGAGAAGAGCGAGCUGAAGAUGGAGAUCGACGACCUGGCCAGUAACAUGGAGUCUGUUUCCAAAGCCAAGGCAAAUCUGGAGAAGAUGUGCCGCACCCUGGAAGACCAGCUGAGCGAGCUUAAAACUAAGGAGGAGCAGAACCAGCGCAUGAUCAAUGACCUCAAUACUCAAAGAGCUCGGCUGCAGACAGAAUCAGGUGAAUAUUCACGCCAAGUGGAGGAAAAAGAUUCCCUGAUUUCUCAGCUGUCCAGGGGCAAACAAGGAUUUACCCAACAGAUUGAGGAACUCAAGAGGCAUCUAGAGGAAGAAAUUAAGGCCAAGAACGCACUGGCCCACGCCUUGCAGUCUGCUCGCCACGACUGUGACUUGCUCCGGGAACAGUAUGAGGAGGAGCAGGAAGCCAAGGGGGAGCUGCAGCGUGCCCUGUCCAAGGCCAACAGCGAAGUGGCCCAGUGGAGAACCAAAUACGAGACGGACGCUAUUCAGCGCACGGAGGAGCUGGAGGAGGCCAAGAAGAAGCUGGCACAGCGCCUGCAGGAUGCAGAGGAACAUGUUGAAGCUGUCAAUGCCAAAUGUGCCUCCCUAGAAAAGACAAAGCAGAGGCUGCAGAAUGAAGUGGAGGACCUGAUGAUUGAUGUGGAGAGAUCAAAUGCUGCCUGUGCCGCUCUGGAUAAGAAGCAGAAGAACUUUGACAAGAUCCUGGCAGAAUGGAAGCAGAAGUAUGAGGAAACACAGGCUGAGCUGGAAGCCUCCCAGAAGGAGGCCCGCUCUCUUAGCACAGAGCUGUUUAAGAUGAAGAAUGCCUAUGAGGAGUCCUUGGACCACCUGGAAACGCUGAAGCGCGAGAACAAGAACUUGCAGCAGGAGAUUUCUGACCUCACGGAGCAGAUUGCUGAGGGAGGGAAAGCGAUUCAUGAGCUGGAGAAAGUCAAGAAGCAGAUUGAGCAGGAGAAAUCUGAGCUCCAAGCCUCACUGGAGGAAGCUGAGGCCUCCCUAGAACAUGAAGAGGGGAAGAUCCUGCGUCUCCAGCUUGAGCUCAACCAGGUCAAGUCUGAGAUUGACAGGAAGGUAGCAGAGAAAGAUGAGGAAAUUGACCAGCUGAAGAGAAACCACCUCAGAAUUGUGGAGUCCAUGCAGAGCACCCUGGAUGCUGAGAUCAGGAGCAGGAACGAAGCCCUGCGUCUGAAGAAGAAGAUGGAGGGAGACCUGAAUGAAAUGGAGAUCCAGCUCAGCCAUGCCAACCGAGUGGCUGCUGAGGCACAGAAGAACCUGAGAAACACUCAGGGAGUGCUCAAGGAUACUCAAAUACACUUGGAUGAUGCUCUGAGGACACAGGAGGACCUGAAGGAGCAGGUGGCCAUGGUGGAGCGCAGAGCAAACUUGUUGCAGGCUGAAGUUGAGGAGCUACGGGCAGCCCUGGAGCAGACGGAGCGGUCCAGGAAAUUGGCUGAGCAGGAGCUUCUGGAUGCCACUGAACGUGUGCAGCUCCUCCAUACCCAGAACACCAGCUUGAUCAACACCAAGAAGAAGCUAGAAACAGACAUUGUGCAAAUUCAGGGUGAGAUGGAAGAUACCAUCCAGGAAGCCCGCAAUGCUGAAGAGAAGGCCAAGAAGGCCAUCACAGAUGCGGCCAUGAUGGCAGAAGAGCUGAAGAAGGAGCAGGACACCAGCGCCCACCUGGAGAGGAUGAAGAAGAACCUGGACCAGACGGUGAAGGACCUGCAGCUCCGUCUGGAUGAGGCUGAGCAGUUGGCACUGAAGGGAGGCAAGAAGCAAAUCCAGAAGCUGGAGGCCAGAGUGCGGGAGCUGGAAGGGGAGGUUGAUGCUGAGCAGAAGCGCAGCGCUGAAGCUGUGAAGGGUGUGCGCAAGUAUGAGAGGAGGGUGAAGGAGCUGACCUACCAGACUGAGGAAGACCGGAAGAAUAUUCUGAGGCUGCAGGAUCUGGUGGACAAGCUGCAAAUGAAAGUGAAAUCCUACAAGAGACAAGCAGAGGAGGCUGAGGAGCUGUCCAAUGUCAACCUCUCCAAGUUCCGCAAGAUCCAGCACGAGCUGGAGGAAGCCGAGGAGCGGGCUGACAUUGCAGAGUCCCAGGUCAACAAGCUCCGAGUGAAGAGCCGGGAGUUUCAUGGCAAGAAGAUAGAAGAGGAAGAGUGAGGCUGUCAUGAGGCAGCAAAGUGACCUGGAGGCUGCACAAAAUGUGAACCUCUCGGUCGCUUUCUCCUGUAAUUAGUCUUUGUAGCAAUGUCAAUGUCUAGUGAAUAAAGACCAUAGAUUUUUCUGCA